AUGCCAACCUUUUCCGUUAUGUAUAAAGGAGCCGUCAUCAUUAGCAGGACACUCAUGGGUCCAUACGGUGUCGACAGAACAGUUCAUUCCUUGGACUUUACAGAUUGUGAGAAUGGUUUAGGUAUUAAAGUGAUUGGAGGAGUAAAGGAGCUAACCGGAGAAGAGUUUGGAGUUUAUGUUAAAAGGAUUUUACCUGGUGGCCUUGCUUCAAGUGAUGGAAACCUUUUACCAGGGGACCAAAUCUUGGAGGUUAAUGGUGAAAGUUUAUUGGGUGUCACAAGUGAAAGAGCUGUGGAUGUCUUGAGAGCAGCUUCAGCAACCAAUCACAUGCGACUUCUUAUCGCCAGGGACGAGGAGGCAAAGAAAGAAUUUGCCGAUUUAUUGGAGAAAUAUGGCUCCAACGGUAGCACAGGAUCAACACGCAACUCUCCAGUACAGCAAGGCGGUCGCUACCUGGAAAGUACAUCUUCAGGUUCUUCAUCUCGCUCUCAGAGUCCCUUGUUGUUAAGCCCAGCUGGCUCUCAGAACAUGUACAACAACAGUGGACCUAUGCUGCGCUCCCUCAGUCACCCGGGUGAAGGAGUGAUUCAACUCAUUUCUGUGACUCGAUCUAGCAGUAUGGGCAUCACACUGGGAGGUGGCUCCAAUCGCCCUGAUGGCCCAGCAGUCUUCAUUCAGGAGGUGCUGUCAGGUGGAGACUGUCACCGAGAUGGACGUCUAAGGCCAGGAGAUCAGCUUAUUGCCAUUAACAAGGAGUCUUUAAUAGGUGUUACCCACGAAGAGGCUAAAAGUAUGAUGAACAAAGCCAAAAUUAGUCAGGAAAGUGCAGUGGAGAUUGCUUUCAUCCCAGGUAAAGGGCUUUUCCAAAGCAGUACAUCUCUCCACAAUGGCGUCCAUCGAGCAGCAGCCAACUGUCACAAUUCUGGACGCUUAAAAGUCCACAUACGAUCACCAGAGAUCUGUGCAGAGGAGCCCGACCCGGUGUCCUCGCCUUCCCCUGACAUCUGCCCACCGGAUAUCCACAUUUCAGGGCAACAGCUCAAUAUAAAUAAUGAUUCAACCAAUCAGAGGUCAUCCACUGGGACUAAACCGAAAAUCACACUUGACCCCUACAUCCGGCUCAAAUCUGACAAACUGGAUUUGGCUCUGUCCUUCCUCGGCUUGGAUGUCACAGAUGAGAAAAGAAAGAAGUUGCGACAGAGCUUGACAACAGACCCGCAAGGCACGGUGGCCUAUGGAGACUUUGUAGACGCCACACGGACCGUUUUCCAGGAUAACUUGGAGGAGCUCAGUUUAGCAGCAGGUCCUUUCAUGUUCUCCUAUCAUGAAGCAGCCAGUCUAAUGGACACGUCGGCCUUCCAUUCCCCUACAUAUGAAUCAGAGUGCAGCUAUAACAGUGAAGAUAUGGAACAAUUUCAGACAGAGGUGAAAGAGCUACAAACACAGAUGAAGCAGCUCAAGACGGUUCUAAAAGACAUGGAGCACAGCAAGAAAACUCUGGAAGAUGAACUGCAGAAGACUUCUGAGAAAGCGUGUUUGACCGUGGAGGAGAAUGUUCGUCUGAAGACCCGUCUGCAAGCAGCUGAGGCUGAGGUGGGGCAGCGUCACGGGAGCAGCGCCGAGCAGGACUACGAAGAUGUGAUCCAGCUUCUGGAGGCUGAAAUUAAAGACCUAAAGAACCAGCUUGCCAGUAAAAGACAAUCACGGGGAGACGAGUCCAGCAAGGAGGAAGUGCAAGAACUGAGCAGGAGGCUGACUGCUAUUGACUGUCAGCUUCGGAAGUCUGAGGUCAACAGAAAACACCUUGAGAUGUCCAACAAGAAACUGCUGGGCUUUGCACAGAACGUCCACAAGGUGUUAACAACACCCAGCCUUUUUGGAGGAGAACUCGGGAGCAACAGAUCGUCACCGGCCGCAGACAGUCCAGACACCAUGUCGCCACUUCCCGAUCCCGCGUUGCAACUGGCGGUCAAGGCCAAAGAGCUGGUACAAGGCAUAUUCACCCUCCCAACUGAUGAUAAAGGGACAGAAGAGGAAGUGGCCCCAGAUGUCAGCUCUCACGCCAUGUGA